AUGUAUAACGUGAUUACUGACUCCAUAUCAGACAAAACAGUAGCACCACUAGAUACGCUUUUGUCUUGCCCCGAGAUGAAUUGGUCGGUUAUCAGGCCAGAGCAGCGGCUCUACAAGGGGAAGAGUAUCUUCAAGUGGGAUGACUCCCCAGGACUAGGAAAAGCUCACGAGUGCUUCAGCUGCAAUCAUUCCGACGAGAUGCAUCACAUGCGUCACAAAGAGAUCCUCAAGUUAGUGAGGAAGAUUUCUGCACUUGACGAUGCAGAAUCCAUUUAUCCAACAAAGAAGACCGCUGCUUCCACACCCAAUAACAAGAAUCAACAGAGCUCCACGCUUCUACUGGCCAAUCACGCUACGGACACUGCUGGUGAACCUGUAGAAGUACCGAAAUUGAGACGAAGUGAACGAAAAAAAGCGAAGAAGAUGGGUGGUACAAGCGCUUCGAAGAAACUGUUAGAGAUCGAGGCAUUCCCUCUCGAGGAUACAAAUUUCAUAAGCGAGGCGAUCCACCUUAGCAUUCAUGAUACCAGAGGAGCCUGGGAAGGCACACACAAUUACGGAGACAUGUCUCACGAAGCAGAAGAAGAGAUUGCGGAGGAAUCCGACGUCGAAGAGAUCGGCGGAUCUGCUGCUGCGCUCUGCGUCAAGCCAAUGUAUUGCCUGACUCCAACGCAGAGGAGGCUGGCCAAGAAAGUCUCGACCCCUUUGAAAGCCCGAAAGAUCAGUGGCAACUCGAGAAGAUCCUCUCCAAAGGAUGUCUCGAAGGCCGAUCCCUAUGAUGGUCUUGACCCACAGAUAUUCUCUCGCCUUAAUAUCAAAAUCAUUGAUCCGCCCAAGAAUUCAGUCUCUCGAAAAGAUCUUGUUGCCAAGCUGAUUGCUGAAAUCAAAAACGACCUUGUCGCCAUUGCUCAAGAGGACGAAGAGUCGAAUAUGAGACAGGAGGGUUUCUGGAGAUGGGCUGGUCGAGCGGCAUAUCAUACAAUUGUGAAGACCAGGGAAGAGAUUGACUGGGCGACUGGGGUGAAAAAGGGCGACCCCAGAGAGUCUUUCGUAGACGAGGAGUUGGAAGAUGGACCAUCUAGGGAGGUCGGGGAAGCCGAAGAAGACGUAUUCGCCAAUGUUAUCCCAGACAACGAUAUCUCUUACGAUGAUCCCGCUAUACUUGGGGAGAAAAUCAAUUUUGAGGUCAAGGAACCGGCGACCAGAGCACGAAAGGAUGAGAAAGCCCCAGUCAAGAAGCCGGAGAUGAAGCUCAAGGCACGAAAGGCCAACAAAGCUCUAGAUGUCGAAAAUGCCACAUACGACGAAUUUGGGUUUCUCUCAAUAUCUAGAUAA